UUGCCUUCUUCAGCUUGGCUGCAAUAAUUAUACACAGCUCCAAACUUCAUGCCAUUCCAAUUGGUUCCAGAUUUAUUCAAUUUUCACCUUAUAUAAAGCGAGUAAGAGUCCUAGGAACUCCAGGCGGAUGAGGAAGGCUGGAUGUUUGCACAGAUCACCUAACAAGAGUGAAUUUCCGCAGAGGAAAAGCUGCUAUCCAUUUUCUACCCCCUUUCAAAGAUCCACAAGAGUCACCCAAAAGGUGAGCCUGAGUCUCCUCUUUCCAAACAAAGAUGAAUAAAAUUAUUGUUUAUGAACAUCCAGACUUGAAUGGACUCAGAAAAGAAUUUACUGCAGAUGUUCCUGACCUACACAGUGUGGACUUUGGGGACUGCAUCUCUUCCUUGAAAGUGAUUGGGCAACCAUGGCUGGUCUUCCGUGAUACAAACUAUAAAGGUCCAUGCUAUGCAUAUGAGGAAGGUGAACAUAAGCAUAUCUUCUUAAACAAUCAACCUUCCUCUCUCCAGCUAGUGACUGAAGACCUGGAAUAUCCUCAGAUCACACUUUAUGAAUACACUAACUACGAAGGGGCAAGAAAAGUGAUAACAGAAGAGACCAACCUGACAUAUGGGUAUUUCAAUGACAAAGCAUCUUCCCAUAUUGUCCAGAAAGGUGCCUGGAUCCUUUAUGACGAUGAAAAUCGGGGAGGUUGGUUCUAUAUAGCGCGAGAAGGGACAAAAAUUCCUAAUUAUGGACCAGAGUUUAAAUUCCGUAGUAAGUGUUCCCAUGUGUAUCCCCUUAAAGGUGGCAAGCCUGUUAUCACUGCCAAGAUCUUAUGGGACCACAAGAAAGUGGAGAGUGAGAGAGCAAUAGUGAUUGAUGAGAUAAAUGGUAUCAACACCACCGAUUUUGAGCAGACAUUCACCAGCAUCAACAGCAGAGUCUAUGAGGCAACCACUAGCCACAGCUUUCAAUUCAAGGUCCUUAACUAUCCAAUAGAUAAGAAGUUCAACUUAAGCAUAGAUCCAAGGACUAACCUCACAGUGGAAAAAGGAAGUCUAGACUCGACUGUUACCGUAGACAAAGUUGAGGUGACUGUGCCUGCCAGGAUCCCACCACAUUCCGAACUGAUUGUCCAGGUGAUCAUGAAGCUGGUCACUGCCUCAGCGCCUGUGGAGCUGAUCAUUACCAAGAAUGGGAAAGCAAAGACAGAGAUUGGAGAGUAUCGUAGCGUGUCAGGACGUCACAUAAGCACUAAAUAUAUCGUGAAACCAGUUGAGAAAAAAAAUUAAACACAGAUCCAGGAAUCACUAAAGUCAAAAUGAUAAUGCUAGCCAACACUUCACCUUCAUUUGGAAAUGAGCAUCCAAAGCUGUAACUAUACUAAUAUCUCUAAAUGCUGUAUUUAUCCAGAUCACGUACUUCCUGACCCCCAGAAACAUGUACUCUUCUCUGAACAUGCAAUAAUUUUACAUCUUGAACUGUACAAAGUAUAACUGUCUAGUGAAAAGUCCUACCGCACUAAGGACACAUGAGUGGAGGCCCUGCUGAGCAGAUAGUACUACAUUUAAUCACUCUUGGGGGAACAGACUUUUGUCAGUUUUGUAUCAUUCUUUUUGCUUUUGUUGAUAUCUGGAUGUUUUCUUCCUAAUAAAGUGGAUUGAAAAAUACUUCAAUAGAACUGU